AUGGAACGUCCGCAGGCGCUGCCUAACCUCUGCGAGGGUGCGGCCGGUGGGCCGGCGUUAUCGGGCGAGCUUGACGCAUCAGACACGGCGGCGGAUACCGCGGAGGAGGAGGAGGAGAAGACGAGGGCAGAGAAACAAGAGAACGAUGUCGAGGUCGUCAGGGCGGAGCUCAUGUUUACGGUUCCGCUGCUGAUGGAGUUUCCCAAAUGCUACUGGAUCUGGAACCAUCGGCUCUGGAUCCUCAACCAGGCCAUUGCGCUAUUUCCGGUGCCGGUCGCCCGGCAGAUAUGGGAGCAGGAACUCGGUCUUACGAGCAAGAUGCUGCACAAGGAUAAGAGGAACUUCCACGCCUGGGGAUACCGGAGGCAGGUCGUGCGGCAGCUGGAGGAUCCCGCGCUGGCGGGGCAGAGCAUGGUGGAGUCCGAAUUCAAGUAUACGCGCUCCAUGAUUGAGGGCGAUUUCGAUGCGAAGACGAGCUUUGUUCCGCACCUCUCAGCUGCGGAGAGACUAGCGUACAUUGACGCAGAGAUUGAAAACAUCAAGGACCUUCUCGAAGACUACCUAGAUAUCAAGUGGAUCUACGAAGCGCUCCUCGAAUGCACACUGGCUAAAACCAGGGUUGAGAAUGGGGAUGAUGGCACCUCGGCGGUUGCGGAUGAUGCCAAGGAGGACUUCCGGGGCUGGCUGGGCAAGCUCAAGGAGCUGGAUCCGACGAGGCAGGGGAGAUGGGUUGAUGUGGAAGAGACGUGCGGAUUGGUGUAA